AUGAAUUUACGGCGGCACAAGGUCCCGGAGUCUCCUCAAACCAUCCGUCGACGCAGCUCAUUACUUACUUCCGACGAGUUACUACUGAAGUUCCCAAUCGAUCUCGUCAUCGAGAUAUUCUCGAGGUUGCCACUGAAGUCUAUCGAUAGAUGUGGCUGCGUGUCGAAGCGGUGGUCCUCCAGGGAACGAAAACCAGUGAGCUUUGUGUCGGUGAUAUGUAACCCUAGCAGGAGACAGUCCUUCACUUUACCCAAGAUGAAGACAAGGAAGAGGACUGGGUUGAGAAGCUUUUUAGGGUAUGAUCCCAUUGAUAAACAACACAAGGUAUUGGCAAUGACCAAGCACGAUUAUAAGGUGAGGAGCAUCAGAUUCUCACAUUACAGCUUUGUUACCCUCAUGGAAAGUGGAAAGUAUGAUGCAACUCUGAUAAACUUCCAAGGUAAAUUGGCUUCAGUAAGGUCGUCUGCGACCACUUUUCUUAGCGGAACAAGUACGAGUUUAGAGAUGUAUAUUCUGGAAGACCCUGAAAAACAUGAAUGGUCCAAACGUAUUUUCAAUUUACCUCCUAUGUGGACGGACGCAUCAGCUUCAAGGGUGAUUUUAUACUUUGUUGGCGUGACUGCUACAAAUGAAUUUGUAUUUAAGCCGUUCUGUUCAUCCGAUCCUUUCUAUGUUCACUACUACAAUUACGUCAACAAAGCUAUAAUGAGAGUUGAAAUCCAAGGAAUGGGAGCGUUUGAGAAGGCUUCUAGAGUUCGCAUAUUUCUGGACCAUGUUGAGGACGUGAAGCUUAUGGAAUGAUUUUGGGACUUUGUAGCGGAUGCUGGCUCUUAAGUUCUUGUCUUGUAUAUCAUGUGGUCUUGAUUAAAGCCCCUUUUCUUUCUACUGCUUUUGUAUUUUUGUUAUUAGGUUUUCAGUUCUCGGAAUGAAUAUUCUCAGUUGUCUACCAUGGUUUUCAUCUCA